AUGACCAACGAGGACGCAAUCCUACUCAACAGACCAUACCGGACGCGCGACCUCAAGCAGGAUGACGCACCCCACACCGACGCCGACGGCUUCGUGGCCUUCCACGAGUCCGACGUCGAGAACCCCCAGAACUGGACGUCGGCGCGGCGCUGGCAGAUAACGGUGUGCUCGGUCAUGCUGGUGAUGAACGCGACCUUUGCCUCGUCGGCGCCCUCGGGGGCCCUGGGGUCGAUAUCGUCCCACUUCGGCGUGUCGACCGUCGUGGCCGGCCUGACCCUGACCCUCUUCCUGCUCGGCUACGUGGCCGGCCCGCUGGCGUUCGCGCCGCUGUCCGAGUUCUACGGCCGGCGCUACAUCUUCUACAUCACCUUCCUCUGCUACCUCGCCUUCACCUUCCUGUGCGCCUUCGCCCCCAACUUUGGCAGCCUGCUGGUCGGCCGCUUCCUGGCCGGCACCUUCGUCUCCGCGCCCAUGAGCAACGUCCCCGGCGUCCUGGCCGACAUCUGGAACCCGCUCGAGAGGGGGGACGCCAUGGCCGGCUUCUCCAUGCUCGUCUACAUCGGGCCCGCCCUCGGCCCCGUCGUCGCCGGCUUCCUCGAGCUCACCCGCCCGGACGGGUGGCGCUGGAUCUUCUACGUCAUCCUCAUGCUCGGCGGCGCCACCGCCCUCCUCAUGUUCACCAUCCCCGAGACCCACGCGCCCACCAUCCUGACCGCCAAGGCCCGGCGGAUCCGCGCCCAGGGGGUCCACCGCGCCGUCCGCUCCCGCGCCGAGGGCGGCUCCCAGACCCUCCGCCAGGCCUACCUCGUCGCCCUCACCCGGCCCUGGGUCAUCCUCUUCGACCCCAUCAGCUUCCUCUGCGCCGUCUACAUGUCCGUCGUCUACACCCUGCUCUACAUGCUCUUCAGCAUCUACCCCAUCGUCUUCCAGGAGCGCCGCGGCUGGAACUCGGGCGUCGGCGAGCUCCCCCUGUGCGGCACCAUCGUCGGCGCCGUCCUCGGCGGCGCCAUCGUCGUCCUCGACACCCGCCGCCGCCUCGCCGCCAUCCGCAGGGGCGAGGCCUCCGUCGACGACAUGGAGCCCGAGGACCGCCUCCCCCUCGCCAUGGCCGGCGGCAUCCUCUUCCCCAUCUCCAUGUUCUGGUUCGCCUGGUCGGCAGAGUACAACUCCGUCCACUGGAUCGUCCCCUCCAUCGCCGGCGCCUUCCUCGCCACCACCCUCCUCCUCAUCUUCACCGCCUACCAGAACUACCUCGUCGACACCUACCGGAUGUACUCGGCCUCCGCCAUCGCCGCCAACACCAUCACCCGCUCCGCCUGCGGCGCCGCCGCCCCGCUCUUCACCCACCAGAUGUUCUCCGCCCUCGGCGUCGGCGGCGGCGGCAGCCUGAUCGCCGGCGUCGCCACCGUCUUGGCCGUCAUCCCCUUCCUGUUCUACAGGUACGGCAAGGCCAUCCGCAUGCGCAGCCCCUUCGCCCCCACCAUGCCUGCGCCCCCACACAACCCCGACGGCACCCUCAUCCAUGACACCGAGAAGGUCCGUGGUCAGGACGAGGAGGCCGCUGUCGCUUCCGCAGAUGCCACUGUGCCUCGUCCCGCCUAUGCCCACCUCGUCGAGGAGGGCGGUCCGGUCAUUUCCUCGUCCAGUUCCUCUGCGCCGUCUUCCAUUCAUCGGCAGUAG